AAAGGAGGGGACGUUGUGUAACCACGGCGGAUGCCACGAAAAACUGGACAGAGAAAGACAGACAGACAGAGAGAGAGUGGGUAGCGAAGGGACGGAGUUUUGCAUAAUACAGUUAGAGCGCAAACAACUGUGCGUGUUGCAUAGUGGACUGCCCCUGCUGUAGACUCACAGGAUCCUUCUCCGUUGCAACGCUGUCUCUCAGAGGCAGGUCACACACUCAUUCUUUGCUGCCUGGGGGUGUGUCAGCAUGGAGGAGAAACCAGGCAAGCUGAGGAAAACCAAGAAUGACAAUGGGAACACCGGGGCUGGCAGAGUCUUGGACACAGUAAAGAUAGACCAAAAGGUAGUGGAGGGAGGCAGGCAGGCUGGGUCUAGCAGCGGCAGAGAAGCGAAAGCAGCAAGGAAGCAGGAACCAGGGAAGAGGGAGAGUGCUGGGGAGACGACACGGUCGGGAUCGAGUGGAGAUGAGCUUUCCAACACAGGAACCAGGAAGAAACGGAGACUGGGUGCUCGGGACGUUGUCGCGUCACCACCGGGGGGAGUGGGAGGGCUGGCGAGCUCAAUAAAAGAGACUAGACUGCAGGCAAGGAUGUCAGUGCAGGGAUUCGAGUUCAACAAGAAGCGAGUGCGCCUCAUCUCCGAGGCUGUGGAGAUGAAGGACGGCUCGGAAAGCAUUGUGUACUGGAUGUCCCGGGACCAGAGGGUGCAAGAUAACUGGGCUCUCCUGUACUCUCAGCACCUGGCCCUGAGUCAUGAGCUCCCGCUCCAUGUGUGCUUCUGCCUGGUGCCACGCUUCCUCGAUGCCACCAUCCGACACUUCGGCUUCAUGCUGCGGGGCCUGGAGGAGGUGGCCAAGGAGUGUGCAGAGCUGAACAUCUCUUUCCACCUGCUGACAGGCUAUGCGAAGGAUGUGCUGCCGGAGUUUGUGCGGAUGCAGGGGGCGGGGGGUGUGGUCACAGACUUCUCCCCGCUGCGGGUACCCCUGCAGUGGCUCCAGGAUGUGAAGGAGAGGCUGCCGCGUGAUGUCAUGUUAGUGCAGGUAGAUGCUCACAACAUUGUUCCCUGCUGGGUCGCGUCAGAAAAACAGGAAUACGGAGCCAGAACUAUCCGCAAGAAGAUCCAUGACAAGCUUUCCGAAUACUUGACAGAGUUUCCUCCGGUGCUCCGACACCCUCACGGCGCCGGGUGCGAAGCGAAGGCAGUGGACUGGGAACAGGCCCGCUCCAGCCUGGAAGUAGACUGUAGUGUUAAGGAGGUAGACUGGGCUCGACCCGGGACAGAGGCGGGCCUAGCGAUGCUGGAGUCCUUCAUCAUGGAGCGCCUGAAAUUGUUUGGGUCUGACCGCAACAACCCAAACCGACCCGCGCUCAGCAACCUGUCUCCCUGGUUCCACUUCGGGCAGGUCUCCGUGCAGCGUGCCGUGCUGGAGGUGCGGAAGUGCAGCUCGAAGUAUUUGCAGUCUGUCAACAGCUUCAUCGAGGAGGCGGUGGUGCGUCGAGAGCUGGCCGACAACUUCUGUUACUACAACAAAAACUACGACUGCGUAGAGGGUGCCUCUGACUGGGCCAGGAAGACUCUGCAGGACCACGCGCAGGACGAGCGCUCUCACCUGUACUCCCGGGCUCAGCUAGAGGCGGGAAAGACACACGACCCGCUGUGGAAUGCAGCUCAGCUCCAGAUGACUCUUGAGGGGAAGAUGCAUGGCUUCCUGCGGAUGUACUGGGCGAAGAAGAUCCUGGAGUGGACCAGCAGCCCGGAGGAGGCACUGGAGACGGCGCUCUACCUCAACGACCGCUACGAGCUGGACGGACGAGACCCCAACGGAUACGUCGGCUGCAUGUGGUCCAUCUGUGGGAUCCAUGACCAGGGCUGGGGGGAGAGACCUGUCUUCGGGAAGAUCCGCUUCAUGAACUAUGCGGGGUGCAAGAGGAAGUUUGACGUGGGGCAGUUCGAGCGCAAGUACCACCCCGAGAAAUUCACUGUCUGAGCAGAGAGUAGGAGUGGGAUUGACUGUUUGAGCUCUCCUUCAAGUACUGUGCCUCUCCCAAGAUCUUCUGAUUGGUAUGAUUUGCUAAAUAUUAGCUUUGGUCCAGGUAAUUUAUUUAGACACAAAAACUGACAGUGCUUUGUAAGACCAGCUGUUUCAGAAGAGAAGAUUAAAGUUCUGUUCCUGCUUGCAUACAGCUGAGUGUGGGGAUGUGGGGUGCUAUUGGCUGUGUUGUUUCUAUUCAUGUAAAAGUAUGUUCUGUUUUUUGUUUUAUUUUGUUAUAAUGAACUUGCUUGUAGUGUAGAACCUCUUUGUAACUGUAUGCACGGUCAGUAUGGGGUUUACGUCUUAUCACAUUAACAUCGCUCUGUGUGAAAGACGGGGAGAGAGAGGAAGUGUGAGACACAGUUAAAUGUUAAAGAUGGAAACACUUUGCAAUGCGGUUGUAACGGGUGCACUUGAUUAAGAGAAAAAUUUAAACAAAUUCAAAAGGC